AAGAGACUUGCGUAUCUGUGCAUGACGUCAGUGUGUCGUGUACUGGAAAGGGGUCUAUAAGAAACAAUAAUUGGCCAAUUUACACAGCAUGCUUUUAAAAUAGUGUUCGAGUCUCUUGUCUUUAUGUGUCAUUUUGUUUAAUCUGCUGCCAAGAAAAAUAUAUAUAUUUAGCCUGCUUCAUCCGUUAACGUCGCAGCUCUUUCCUCAUUCGAGUGUUGCGGCUGCGUUCAGAAUCUGAAGAAAGAUGAGCUAACGUUAUUCCAGAGGCGGGCGGACAGCGAAAUUGCGUGUGUGCCUGAUUGUGUAGCCGGCUGGUAGGCACGUCUUUGCUGGCUUCCAGGACAACGUGGAUGGUGGUAUCCGUGUCUCGAUGCUAGGAAUGGAGGAAUUUGUCACCGACGAGGAAGAGCCAUGGUACGACCAGCAAGAUCUCGAAUCGGACCUCCACCUGGCAGCAGAGCUUGGGAAGACUCUGUUGGAAAGGAACAAGGAGCUGGAGGAUUCUCUACAGCAGAUAUACAUCACCAAUGAGGAGCAGGUGCAGGAGAUUGAGUACCUGGCUAAGCAGCUGGAGGUGCUGAGGGAAAUGAAUGAGCAACAUGCUAAGGUGUACGAGCAGCUCGAUGGGACAGCCAGAGAACUGGAGUUCACCAACCGUACCCUGGUACUGGACAGCAAGGCCUCGCAACAUAAGAUGGAGAGGUUGACGGGGACCAUCGAGACCCUGCAGACCCAGGUGGAGUCUCUCUCUGGGCAGGUGGAACAGCUCCACUCCCUGGAGCAGCUCAGGGUCCGGAGGGAGAAGAGGGAACGGCGCAAAACCAUCGCCUCCUUCCCUUGCCUUAGGGAACUCUGCACCGCACCCAAGUAUGAGGAUGGGUUUGUGGUGGGCCGCUCAGACAGCUUCACCUCAGAGACUAAGCGGCAGCCAGCAGAGGAGGAGAACGAGCGUCUGAGAGAGGCGGUGUCGGCGCUGCGCUCGGCCGUGAGGGCGGAGCGGGGUCGCAGGGAGGGGGCGGAGAGAGAGUGUCACGUCCUCCUGGGGGAGUUCUCUCGUCUGGAGUCACGUGUGCUGGGUGCAGAGAGCUGCCAGGCACGGGUUCGUGAACUAGAGGCAGAGCUCCAGGAACUCCAGCAGCUCCGACGGGCGAGGACCCUCCUCCUGAGCAGCGAAGAUGACGGCGUGGGCUUCACCCAGACCCUCCUCAACAACACCCCCGAGACAGACACCCUGGAGGGGGAGGGAGGAGAAGUGGGUGGAGGGUCCAGGGAGGAGGGCGAGGGGGGAGGAGGCUUAGGUGGAGAGUUGUUACCUGCCUCCAGCCCCGUCAGGAAGAGCUGCAGCGACACGGCACUGAAUGCCAUCGUGGCAAGGGACGCGUCCGGGAAGAGAAGAGGAAGCUACGCGAUCCACGCCAACAGCGUCCGUAAGAGAGGGAUGUCCAUCCUGAGGGAGGUGGACGAGCAGUACCACGCACUGCUGGAGAAGUAUGAGGAGCUGUUAGGGAAGUGCCGGCGCCACGAGGAGUCCAUGUGCCACGCGGGGGUGCAGACCUCGCGGCCCGUCUCCAGGGACCCCUCCAUGAAGGACUGUGCCAUGGGCCCCACCCCUGCACCCCCGCCCUCCCCCACCCAGUCCCCCUCCACCCCCGAGGUGAUGGAAAGCAUCAGUAAGCAGGUGGAGGCGGUGGAUAAACGACUGGGCCAGAGCGCGCCAGAGUACAAAGCUCUCUUCAAGGAGAUCUUUUCUCGUAUUCAAAAGACCAAGAUGGACAUCAAAGCUACCAAAGCCACCAAAGCCAGCAAGUCUGGCAAGUCCAGCAAAUAAAUGAUGAUACUGGAUUGGUUUGGUAGCGCAGUGCUUUUUCCAUGCUCAAAGCGCUUGAGAUUAGAGGAGGAAUUUGCCUCGUACUCUACCGAUGUGUAGCACUCAUGAGUAGGCUUCUGUAUGGGGUCUGGUCUCCUGUCUGCUUCACAGGAGGCUGCUGAGGGGACAACGGCUCAUAAUAAUGGCUGGAACGGAGCAAAUGGAAUGACAUCAAACACCUAAAAACCAAUGUGUUAAAUGUAUUUGAUACCAUUCCAAAUGAUUCUGCUCCAGCAAUUAGAACAAGCCAGUUUUCACAAACUAAGGAACCUCCUGUGGACUGCUUCUGUUACUAUAGUUACCAAUCAAACAAUAUGCUACUGAAACCAAUCUACUACUAAUGCUAUUAGCACCUGCCUAGCUUUGCCAGUGAGAUCUAACACAGCUGCCUUUUGCUACCGUUACACAGGUCACACAGGUAUGAUAACUGUCACCCUCAACUUGAUGGACUCCACUAUUGUCUGGGCUUGAUAUACCCAGCUGGUAAUACACUCGUGUCCCCCGACGACCAGUUCGUACAUUCUCCAUUCUCCUACUUCACUCGAUUUUAAUUUAAGGUGGAAGAAAACCUACUUUCUUUUUGAAACACCAUUUUCCAUCACCAUGCUCGAGUGGCUAAUGCAACUUCCUGAUGUGGCGCCCCGCGUUCAGCCAGGGCUAAACAUUUUAGGCAUUAGCCACUCGAGCAUGGUCCAUAACUCCAACCACCUUCCCUUAUUAUCAUGAAUGUUAUAGCGCAUGUUGCAUUACUUUGACUUAUCUAUGUGAAAUACUCACAUUGUAAUGCCAUACCAUAUGGCAGGAGAAAAUGUACACAACAAUGAACCUGCAGUAUACAGGAAAUAUAAUCGAGUAUACCUUGUAUUAUUACAUGUUUUACUUUUCUAUUAUUUCUCUGUUCUUUCUCCCUGCGUUGUUGGGAAGAGCCCGUAAGUAAGCAUUUCACUGUUAGUCCACACCUGUCGUUUACGACGCAUAACAUUUGAUUUGAUUUAGAGAUAACUAACUCAAGGUCUUAGACUCAACUGAAGCUUCAAACCUUUAUAGCAGCCACAGGAUUUGGCGUGAGAUCAAUGCUGGUGUGGUGUUGUGAAAGUUAAACUGUGGAGUGUGGAAUGAGAAAAGAAAAGUUGUUACAGAGAAAUCAACUGAAUCAUUUUAACCAGAAAUGUGUUAUAGUUUUCUCCACAGUGUUAUAAUGAAGCAUUAAGGCACGAGGUGGUGUGGUAUAUGGCCAAUAUACCACAGCUAAGGGCUGUUCUUAUGCACGACGCAAAUUGGACACAGCCCUUAGCCGUGGUAUAUUGGCCAUAUAUCACAAACCCCUGAGGUGCCUUAUUGCUAUUAUAAACUGGUUACCAAUGUAAUUAGAGCAGUUAAAAAUAAAUGUUUUGUCAUACCUAUGGUAUACGGUCUGAUAUACCACAGCUGUCAGCCAAUCAGCAUUCAGGGCUCGAACCACUCAGUUUAUUAUGAGUCGUAUGUGUCAGGUACAAGCAGAGGCAAAUAUUUCUCCCAAGGUCACUCAAGUGUUGCUGAGUGAAGAAAAGGGGCAUGACGUCUUGUGGAGGACGGGCAUGACGUCUUGUGAGGACGGGCAUAACGUCUUGUGGAGGACGGGCAUGACGUCUUCUGUCAUAGCAAUGUUUCUUCCUGGUCCUGGAGGGCCGCAGUGUGUGGUGCAGGCUUUCGUUCCAGCCCAGCAUUCAGGUAUACUGCUGGGCUGGAACAAAAGCCUGCACAGCCUAGAAGCUCUUCAGUGCAAGGAGAUAAUGACACUGUGUCAUAGCAAUGGUAAUAUAUGUUGUAUAUUCUAAUAAGAGACAACAAAAUGAAGCGGUUUACACGUCCACCCUUCCUAACGGGGAGUCACUCAAAAGUGGACAUCCCAUUCUUAUGGAACAUUCUCACAAUGUCCUUUUGAAGGCUCCUUGGCUUUCUCUGCACUGUAAUGUUUUACUGAUUGCACUUAAAAAAAAAGAAGUUAUUGCGUAUUUAUACAUGGAUAUUUACUUAUUAUUGCUUGUGUAUUUAUUCCAUUAUUGUGUGUCUCUGUGAGCAUUGAUUCAUGAUAACGACACUUAUCUGCCAUGGUGCCUAUAUGUGAUUGUAUUCAUUAUUGAUAGGCUACAUCUUUAGAAUGGAAAUCAAGUCAUAUUUGUUUCUUAUUUAUCUACUCAACCUGUUGGGCUCCCGAGUGGCACAGCGGUAUAAGGCACCUCAUGUCAGGGCUAGUUAUGUCACUACAGACACCCUGGUUUGAUUCCAGGCUGUAUUGCAACCGGCCAUGAUUGGGAGUGCACAAUUUGUCCAGGUUUGGCCGGUGUAGGCUGUCAGUGUAAAUAAGAAUUUGAUCUUAAUUGACUUGCCUAGUUAAAUUAAAAUUCAUUCAGAUGAAUGAGCAUAUUAUUAGUUUUAUGAGCAUAUUAGUUAGCCUUCAGCAUCACAAGUUUUGUCAUUGUAGCAAGCCACAUUAGCGCUCUCUCAUUGAACUAAGAGUCAUUCGUGUUGUGACACUCUGUAUCAUUGACUUACAUGUCUGCUCUGUGCAAUUAAAGCAUUGGAAUGAAAA